GGAUUCGUUCAAAAUGAACGAAUCGUUCACGAACGACACAUCACUAAUUUCCUGAUUCACUCGUCUGUGUUGGAUCGUCGUACGUUCACUCUGCACUGCUUACAGGUACAGUUGGUGAAAACCUCCUGCUAUGGCCAGUGCUGGAAGCCAUGUGUGGGUGGGCUUCAUAGAGGCCCUUCCUGUGGUGGGCUCUGUGAAAGAGGCAGUGGAAUGGGUCUUGGCUGUGGCUGCAGAUGACUCAGCUCUGGCCAAGGAAAAACUGGAUGUCAUCAAUGGAAGGCUUAGAAGAGAGUUGAAUUUGAAAGAGAACAGGUCUUCUGGGAGUUCAUCGGGAUAUUCCUCUCAGAGCACAUCUGGCAGCUCAACGCCAGUUGGGAAGAAAUCAUCUGGUCUGACUGCAAUGCAUGUGGAAAGUAUUCCUGACGUGAACCUGAUGGCCCACAUAAGAGAAGUAAUGGGAAAGCAUGACAAGAAGAAAGGGCAACAAUCAGCAAAACUAGAGGCAGCUCGCAGAAAUGAAUUGAAAUCCAUUCUUGAUCUUCAAAAAGAGACAAAGAGAAAGAUCCGUCUAAUCAACCAAAAUUUUGAUUUCAGUGCUCCUCUUGUUGAUGAUGGUAAGAGGUCUAGAAGGGGUGAGCAUGUCAUCAAUAAUGGUGUCAUUACAUUUUACCAAAGAACUGUAGAUGACUUCAUGAACCAACAAACCAACCUAGACAGUCCCCUUGAUACAAACACAGCAAUAGCCAUUAUGAAUGAGUUAGUGGCACAUUUUAACGAAGAUGAACUGUAUAUCAAUGCUAAUGCACUGAUAUAUGGUGAAUACUGCCGGGUAUUGAAGAGAGUUCUUACACAUUUCCUGACAGUGCAUAGGCAGGGAGGCUGGAGUCAGGAAGACAAGGAUCGUGCACAAAAUGAAGUAACUGACAUUAUACAGGAAAUGAAUGACGAAAAGGCUUAUGUAGAUGACUUUGCUAAGGUAAAAUGGAUUGACAAUAAGGAACCGAGAAAGAAUCGGUUUGAAAAGAUCCAAGGUGAGGUUGUGAUCAUGUUCACCAACUGGACUGAAUAUUUUGACAUUGUAAGAGAUAAACUUCAGUUCCCUGCUUAAGGCAGCUCUGAGGUUACCGGCAUGUAAUGAGUAGGGAGGUGUUAACAUGAGUAGGGAGGUGCUUCAUAUUGUUCAUAUUACACAAAUAAUCACAAAUAAUACAUCAGAGUCAUUUAGCUCUGUUAUUUUCACAUAAGCAUCAAGCAGGAAACUCAAUUGUGUCUGAUCAGUGGUGUCAUGUUUAGGCAUCACGUCAAAGUUGUCAUCCUUGAUUGUAAUCCAUAAAAAUAAAAAAAGAUUGUUGUGAAAUUCUACUCAAAUUCCUUUAGCUGUCUGUCCAGUGUGUGAGGUCAAAGACCUCUGGUGUUCAUGCACAGUCCUGGCUCUGUAAAUGACAAAAAUCAGGACCGAAAAACAUUCCAGCCAAUAAACCACCAGGGGGCGCUAAUGCCCCAGUUCUGCUUCAGUACCACUGAAGAGUGGGCUGUAUCUGAUUUGUUCUUAAGUUCAAAUAUCAUCAGUCUUUUGCUAGCAUCAAAGACUAGACUUUUAAAUAGAGGCAGAUGGCAACAACCUGUAAACUGAAAGAACCUGAAAAGUCCUUUAAUACAUGUAAAACAAAGAAUGAUCAUUUUGUCUUUGUUUUUUUUACUUAUUUCUUUUUGAAUGUGGUCAUUAACUGUUGUGAUGUACUGUUUGAAAAAUAAAGAUGUUGAAAUGCAA